AUGAGAGAAAUCAUUUCCUUGCACAUCGGUCAAGCAGGUAUCCAAGUCGGUGAACAAGUUUGGUCCCUCAUGUGUGCCGAACACGGAAUUAAUCAAGACGGUUCUCGUGUGGUUGCCAAGAACUCCUCGAAUCACGACUGUUCCGUUCUCUUCAACGAAGCAUCAAGCGGAAAACUCGUCCCACGUAGUCUCAUGGUCGAUUUGGAACCUUCUGUCAUUGACUCUGUUCGCAACUCUUCAUUCAAGCAAUUGUACAAUCCUGCUCAACUCGUUUCUGGAAAGGAAGAUUGUUCCAAUAACUUUGCAAGAGGUCACUAUACCGUCGGUAAGGACAUGUUGGAUGUCACUAUUGAUCGCUUGAGAAAGAUUGCUGACAACUGUACCUCUCUUCAAGGAUUCCAAAUUUUCCACUCAGUUGGCGGUGGUACUGGUUCUGGUUUUGCUUCACUUCUCGUUGAGAGAUUGAGUGUCGAAUUCCCUAAAAAGACAAAACUCUCCUACACCAUUUAUCCAUCUCCUCAAUUGUCGACUUCAGUUGUCGAACCUUACAAUUCCGUCUUGUCUACUCAUUCCCUCUUGGAGAACAAUGACAUUUCUGUCGUUUUGGACAAUCAAGCCAUUUAUGAUAUUUGCAAACAACGUUUGAAGAUUGAGAGAGCCAACUAUCGCAAUUUAAAUCAUGUCAUUGCUCAAACCGUUUCUGCCUUGAGUUGCUCCUUGCGUUUCUCUGGAUCCUUGAAUGUGGAUAUGAAUGAAUAUCAUACCAAUUUGGUUCCAUAUCCAAGAAUUCACUUCAUGUUGUCCUCUUUGGCUCCAAUGAUUUCUCGACAAGAACAUCAUUAUUAUGAGAAUACUGUUGGAGAGUUGACUUCAAGCGUCUUUGAGGUGGACAACAUGAUGGCUAAAUGUGAUCCUCGAAGUGGUAAAUAUAUUGCCAGCUGUUUGAUGUAUCGUGGAGAUAUUGUCAAUAAGGAAGUCACUGAUGCUGUAAAGAAUGUGAGAAGCAAAUCAGGAAUUCAAUUCGUGGAUUGGAGUCCAUGUGCUUUCAAGAUUGGUGUCAAUUCUCAAAAACCAACCGCCUUGGAAGAUUCAUGCUUGGCUCAAGUCGACCGAUCAUGCGCCAUGAUUUCCAACAACACUGCCAUUUCUCAAGUCUUUGCUCGAAUGAAUGACAAGUUUGAUUUGUUGUUCGCCAAGAGAGCCUAUGUCCAUCACUUUGUUUCGGAAGGUAUGGAAGAAGGUGAAUUCAAUGAAGCACGUGAAGAUUUGGCUGCUUUGGAGAAGGAUUAUCAAGAAUUGAAUAAGGAUAGUGUUGAUGAGGAUUCCAUGUUGGAUGAAGGAGAAGAAUUGAAUCAAUAA